UUCCUGUUCACUGGCUGCAGCAACCUCACCAGAUUCACUUUACAUUGGUGUCAUUAACAUAUGGUGAAUAUUUCUGCUUCCUCGUUAUGUUUAACUCACAUUAUUUACCGUACGGGUGCAGGAACACAGUUUUAUAAUAAAUAAAUAAAAUAUAAAUGAUACUUCCCAUGAUGCACCAUUGGAUUCUACUGUAGAACCAAAACUCCUGAUCUCAGACCCAAGUAGCUGAAACCUGAUUUUCUUUAUUCUAUAUUAAGACUAUUUUUGUGCCCUUUGAUGAUAAAACUAGACGACUAUCUUUAAAAGUUUUAAAAGCUGUUUUAGUGCACUUUGUUUGGAAAGAAGCCGCUCGUAUCUGAGCUCUAAUCUGAAGAUGACUGUUGGUGAGAUAAAAACAAAGAGUUUCCAGACACAACCAGAGCAGACGAGAGCUUCAUGUAAACUGUCUCUCAGUUUAUUGGGGGAACUGAGAUGAAAUGGACUCGUUUACGACAUCUUGAUUUACCUCAAACACAUCAUCUCCUGCUCUCUCUUCUUGCAGCUCGGUGGAGUGUUUGAUGUUGUUAUUGUACGUUAAAUGAAAUAAAGUUCCUCUCUGAUGAGUGUUUAUCUCUGCAGGUCUGGGCAGUGACUACCAGUGGCUCGGCCUCAACGACAAGAUGUUCGAGAGAGACUUCAGGUGGACGGACGGAAACCCGAUGCAAUACGACUACUGGAGGCCGAACCAGCCGGACAGCUUCUUCCAGUCGGGGGAGGACUGUGUGGUGAUGAUCUGGCACGAGGGAGGACAGUGGAACGACGUGCCGUGUAACUACCACCUCACCUUCACCUGCAAGAAGGGGACAGUCUCAUGUGGGCAGCCCCCCGUGGUGAAGGACACCCGAGUGUUUGGUGCCGUGAAGCCUCGCUACGAGAUCAACUCUCUGCUCCGCUACCACUGCAAACAGGGCUUCAUCCAGAGACGCGCCCCCACCAUCCGCUGCCGGUCCAACGGCCAAUGGGACGCGCCCAAAGUCACCUGCACCAGCCCCGCGACCUACCACAAGUCAUUAACUGUCCGGCACCGCAACAACCGGAGCAACGAGAAACAGAAACGGCACCAUAACCACCACGUCCAUCACCCCAAGAGUCCGCAGAAACCCGACCCGACCCAAGAGCAGCAGCAGAGUAACAGUUUCUUCCAGAACCACUGGAACCCUUUCCUGAGGGAGAAGAAGCAGCAGACAGAGGAUCAGAUGAGACACUGAUUUGGGGUUUUUGUGGGUUUUUGUAAAUCAGCUCAGCGGUGGCAGCCGAACACGUCGGUCCAGAGGCAUCGAUAGACAGAGAGACGCACUGAACUGUCUAUCGAUGGCUCCGCAAAGGACUUCAAUGUCCCCAAAAGAAAUAUAUUAGGAUCUGAACCGUAAAACUUGUGAGAAGUUUAAUUUGUUGAUCAUUUCUCAAGUCUCAACGCCCUAAACAGGAAGAGAUUCUAACGUUUAGUUCUACAAUAUAAAAUAGGUCAGUAAACGCCCCUCUGGUGAAUCUUAAAACGGGACAUCCUGCACAAACCCGCCAUCUUUAAAUUGUCAUUUUAAGUUGCGCUCUGACGUCAGUGGUCCGUAGUCUUUUAACCAAAGGCGGCGUUGUUGUCAACCGACUGGAGGCAGCGAUGCACUUCCUGUACCAAGUCUGCCGGAAAUUUAAAGAAGACAAAAUCAAGCAAACACAAACUUGUUUGACGCACUCGUAUAAUUUCUCUAUGGGCUCUUCUAAAUGUUCAGAUGUCGUGGAUGAAGACAAAUUACAUAAUUUGAGAAUCAACUGGAGAAAAAAAGGGGAGGAACAAAAGGCCAGCAGUGGAUUUGAUGACGUAUUUUCCUGUUACAGUUGUUAAAGACAUUCGAUCACAAUGUGUUUUUGGGUGUAUUCACAUCUGUACUCUCAUGUGUUCAAGGAUUAUCUGACUGCAAUCUGAUCACCCAAAACCAGGGCUGGGUAUCGUUUAAAAAAUGGCUCUGCCAGUGCCCUUAAAGGGAUACCGAUACCAGUACUUCAUUCGAUACCCAUCAUGUGAAUGGAAGCUAUGUGCGUCCCACAGGCCAGCUAAUCGCUGCACAGCGCUGUGCAACAAUUACAGAUAAUAACGUUGUCCUGUUAGCUCUGUCAGCACUGUUGCUGUUUCAAAAGUACUGUGUUAUUUCUGUCGAUACCCAGACCGAUGUAAUGUAGUGACCUCAACCCAGUCGAUCUUAUUUUAAAGACAUUGCUCCGUAGAGUUACUACAGAUCAAUAGCUCCACAGGGUGCCUUUCAUUUUGGGAACAAACCACCAAAAGACAACAUUCACUCCUAGAAGAGCUAGCCCAGUAGUCUUUAGUGUUAUUGACAGACUAUAAAGAGCAUGAAGUCAUCAUUUUAAAUUAUUAUCAUAGCGCAUAUUUUAAUUCGUUGACCUUCGGUUUGUUGCUGCUCAUUAUGACCCAUUGUUUCUGGCUGAUUUCCACGUGUAGAUUUUUGUACAAAAUAUUUUAGCUGAGUUAUUUCUUUUUUUAAACAAAAGGGAGAUUUAAAAGGCGUCACACGGAGCUAAAGAGAUUGUUAUGAAUGUGCGUGUGCUAUUAAUCAUAGGAUAUAUAUAUUCUAAAUACUAUAUGAAGCCAUAUGAAUUUAACUUAUUGUAUACUUUAAACAUUACGAAUGGACUGUGAUAUUAAAUAAAGGUCAUUAGAACUGAAGUGGUUCCGUUAAUGACGACUCUCCGUGCUGUUUACAGAUCUCAUCAUGUUUGUCUUCAAUCCAACGAAUUCACCGCCGAUUGUUUUAAAGGUUCCAUCUUUGAGUUCUGAGACAAAAGCUUUGUUAGAUGUUGAUCUCUGCCGCAGAUCUGGAAUCUGUGAUUUUAAUCCAACAAAUAAAGGGAAUGUGAAAAAUGUGCAACAAGAUUUCUUUAUGUGACCUUUGUACAUUUUACCUUUUUCCUAUUCAUACAUCUUCCUUUUUACAUAUUGUUCGUCUCCUCCAUUCAUUGCAUCUGUGACACAAGAGCUUAUUGUUAUGUAAUCAUCGUUUCUUUCUCCAUUUGAGUUACUGUAAAAAAAUGUCCAUGUUGGUUUCAGUUUCAUUUCUCAGCUGUUUGUGCAAUUACAUCAUAACACAACC